AUGAAGAGCCCUUCCUCUACAAUGCUAAUGGCCGUCGCCGGUUACGACAAGGACGCCAAGGACAAGAUCGUCCUCGAGGCCACCGGUACCGGCAGCCUUGAUGAGCUCGCCGGCCACUUCCACGAGGAUGCUUGCCAGUUCGCCUACCUCCGCGUGACCACCGGUGACGAGGAGUCGAAGCGCGCCAAGUUCGUCUUCAUCGCCUGGACUGGCCCCAAGGCCGGUAUCCUCAGGAAGGCCAAGGUCUCCGUCCACAAGGCCAACAUGAAGCAGGUGUUCAGGGAUUUCGCCGUCGAGACCCAGUUCUCCGAGCACGACGACAUCGACCAGCAGAAGCUCAUCCAGACUGUCGUCAAGGCUGGUGGUGCCAACUACAUGGGCCAGAGCUCGCACUAA